CGAAAGGUGCGCGGAGAGGCAGAAACGCGCAGACACGAAAAGCUUCACUACUGCUGCUGCUUGCGGAAUCGAAAAGCGGAUCCAACAACACCUCCGAAAAAGUGCAGUGGAAAAACAAACGCAUCGUCAGUGCACGGGCAAAAUGCUGCGUACCUGUGAUCCGUGAGUGCUGUGUGCAGUGCAUCCGAGAAUCGCGCAAUCAGCCCGGAAAUAUGGUCAUCAAAGUUACCUUCGCAGCGAGAUCGAUCGACGAAGGGAGUUGCUAAAUGUAGCGUCGAAGGGAGAGAAAGAUUUGGUGUGGCCCUCGCCGUCGUCGUUGUUGUUGUUGUUUAAUGAGUGUGUUUUUUGUUCCGUGCGUGUGUGAUUUUUCCGUUCGAUACGUUUGAUCCACAACUCGAGUAGUGUAUAUUCCGUGUGCGAGCGUCGUAUUUCUUUGGUGGUGAAGAAAAAUGUCGUCCAGUGAGAUUGAAGAAUUUGUGAAUGGGGCGCUCGUUUCGUGGAUUGAGUCGUGCUUACCGCGGCAUGAAAUAAUCGCCGGAUACGUGUCACUGCUCGACGGCACGAUACUGCACAGUGUGUACCUACAGAUCGACCCCGAACCGCAGCAUCAUCCGGCAAAGAUACGCGGCACCGCGGAAGUGCUGACCUCGCUGGCCGCCGCCCGAACACGCAACUUCGACGCGAUCGUCAAGAACCUACGCAACCUGUACGAUGAAGAGCUUUGCCAAACGAUUCUGGCCCUACCGGACUGCUCCGUGCUGGGCCAUUCGCCCGAAUCGCGGGCCGGACUGGAACAGAUGAAGCUACUCAUUACCCUGCUGCUCGGUGCGGCCGUCCAGUGUCCGAACAAGGAAAUCUUUAUCGCCCGCAUUAAGGAGCUCGACGUGAACACGCAGCACGCAAUCGUGGAGGUAAUCAAGCAGGUGACGGACAGCCAAACGCUCGUCCUGACGCAGGAAUCGCUCGAUCAGCUGUCCCCGGAGCUGAUGUGCAAACACAUCGUCCGGUUGGCGAAGGAACGCGACCAGUACCACGGGAAGUGGAUGUCCUCGUUCAUUACGGACAGUGAGCAGCAGGCGCUCGUGAACAGUUCCAGCUCCAAAUCGAGCCUCCACAAUGCGUCGUCCGCCUCGACAAGUACGGCCAACACACCGUCCACCACAUCGGAGAACAACCAUCUCGCGGUGGAGUUGGCCGACUAUAAAUCGAAGCUUCGAAAGUUGCGCCAAGAGUUGGAGGAAAAAUCGGAACUUCUGAUGGAGGUAAAGGAAGAGCUGGACCACAAGUGCAAUCAGUACGAAAAGCUGCGCACCGAAAGCCAGGACUGGUACUCGGAGUCACGCCGAGCGGCCGCCUACCGGGACGAGGUAGACGUGCUCCGGGAACGUUCCGAGCGGGCCGAUCGGCUCGAGAUUGAAGUACAAAAGUUGCGCGAAAAGCUGUCCGACGCGGAGUUUUACAAGACGCGCGUAGAGGAGCUGCGAGAAGAUAACCGGAUGCUGUUGGAAACAAAAGAGAUGCUCGAGGAACAGCUGGCACGGUCCCGCAAGCGUAGCGAUCAGGUGAUGACACUCGAGGCGGAAAUAAUCAAGUUCAAGCAGUUGAUGAACGACAUGACACUGGAGCGAGAUGUGGACAAGAGCAAGCUGCAGGAACUGCUCGAGGAAAAUGUGCAGCUGCAGCUGGCGACGAAGAAUCUUAUGGCCGGACCGGAUGCGAACGUCGCGAAUCAGGCCCAAUCCGAUACGGACACGGACGAUCUACCAUCGAACGAUAACAGCCUCUCGGAGCAGCUAACCACGAAUGCCCAAACUCGUGCCCUCAAGCUGGAGCUGGAAAAUCGGCGAUUGCUGGCCGCAUUGGACAGCCUGAAAGAAUCUUCCUUCCACGAAAACUCCAACAAGAUUCUCGAGCUGGAGAAGGACAAGAAAAAGCUCUCGCUGCGACUCGACCAGACGCAGGAAAACUGUAACCGACUGGUACAGCAAAACAGUGAGCUAGAGAACGUGUUUAAGAACGCACUCGAGGAGAACAAGAAGCUGCAAGACGCGAUCGACUCGAAGCAGCAAAUGAUCGACCGGCAGACGCACGACCGUGAGCUGGAUCGCAUACGGCAGAUCGAUCUGGAAAAGCAAAUCGAAUCGCUCACGAAGGAUAAGCAGCGGGUGCAGAAUCUGUUCGAAAGCAUUCAGCGCCGCACGAUCGAUCUGGAGCGUUCGAUCGACACGAAGAGCAAGGAAAGCGUGCAGCUCAACGAACGCCUGAAGGAGCUCGAGGAUGUGCGCAAGGAGGUGUACGAUUUGCGCGGCAAGUGCGCGUCCGUCGAGCGGGAAAACGUGAAUCUCAACAAGGAGCUCGUCAAGUACAAGGAGGUGUUGGAGAAGUGCGAGCAUGAUCUCGACACGGUCGGCGGCCAGCUGGAAGCGAAGGAGAAGGAGAUCGAACAGCUGGCGAAACAGGUGCAGGAAGAUUCGGGCGUGCAGGCGAAGCUGCAGGAGCUGGAGAAGGAAAAUCAGGAGCUGCUUUCCCAGCAGAAAAUGCACUCCGACACGAUCGCCACGCUGCAGAAGGAUCUGUACGAUGGCACGAUGGCAACGAAGAAGGUGAAGCAAAACCUCGAACGGCUCGGUCUGAACGAUACCGAGCUCGAGCGGAACGACAUGAACGUGGAGGUGUUUGUCGAGAAGCUGUGCAAGAAUCCGGAAUCGUUCAAAACGGUCCGCGAGAUCGUGCUGAACGUGGUGGGAAAGGAUCAGGGUGGGGCGUUGUCCGGUGGCACCAAGUCGGCGGACAUUUGUGUACUUUGCCACCGGCAGGAGAUCUACACGGUGGAGAAGAACAUCGAGUUUUCCAACUGCGAUGAAACAGCACCAACCGAACUCAGCGCCACGAACGCAUCCGAGCUGGAGCAAAAGCUGGAUCAACUCAGGCAAGAGCAUGCUUCCCUGCUUGCGGCACAAGAAUCGUUGCAGGAGGAAAAUGCGCGCCAGAAGGUAAAGGUGGCCACGCUCGGGUCGCAGAUUGCGUCGCUCAACACGCAGCACGUAGCGCUGCAGCUGGCCAACUCGCAGCUGGCCGUGGAGAAGGACAUGCUCGUGAAGCAGGUGGAAGCCAAGCGCCAGCAGUACGAAUCGUUGCAGCACGACUACGUCACGCUGCAGUGUCUGCACGAGCAGCUCAGCAGCGACUACGACACGCUGAACGGAGAGAAGGAGCUGCUGAAAAACACGAUCCGUGAUCUGAAGACGGAGAAUCGCGAUCUCCGCGAGCGGACGGUAGCGCUCGAGCGCAAGAUCGAGGAGCUGCAGACGGAGCAGCACUCGAUGAAGGAUGGUCUGACCAACCUGAACAAUCUGCGGGCCGAACAUUCGAAGCUGAAGGAUGACUUCCGGUGUCUGUUUACGACGAGCGAGCGGUUGAAGCAGGACUACAAGAACUGUCACGAUCAGUACCGAGCGUUCCGGACGGAGAACAGCCGGCUGAAGCUGCGCAACACCGAGCUGUCCGGGGAGCUGACGAACAAAAAGGAGCAAAUCAGCAAUCUGGAGAUUGAGUACACCAAAAUAAACCAAAGAUGCGAGAUGUUGCUUAACAUGAACGCCAGCCUGGACAUCGAUCGGCGUACGCUGAUGGACCACGUGUCCCAGAUUCUCGCCCAGUACCAGGAGCUGUUGGCCCACUCGCUGGAGGACAAGCAGCACUACCAUGACGAGGAGAAGAACUUCACCGAUAAGCUGAACAACUUGAACCGCCAGAAGGAGAAGCUGGAGGAAAAAAUCAUGGAACACUACCGCAAGCUGGACAGUUGCUCACCGAAAAAGAAACCGUUUGGUUUAAAUCUGGUGAAGAAAAUGCGUCGCGCUGGAUCGGAGCUGAUGAAUCGUGUCCCAAAUAGGAACCGCCGCUCCUGGGUGGAAGAGCAACGGCUCACCCAAAGCCAGUGUCUUUCCAUGGGCUCCGAAUCGGGUGGCAACGAGUCGGACAACAGUAUCGAGGAGCCCAACUCGGUCGCGUCCGAUACGAACCUGCUGCAGCGUGGCUCACAGCUGCGCCAAAGUCUCCAGAGAAAGCCCAACAAUGAAGCGCUGAAUGCGACCCUGCUGCGCGGAGGGAUUCGCAGCAGUCUUCAGGCUUCGCGGAGGGAUGAAGUGAAUCCUGCCCAUCGAAACAGCUUCCAGGGGUUCGAUACGGCCACCGAUGCGCUGAACCUUGGCACGGCUGGUACUCGCCGUACGGUGUACCUGGACGAUAAGAUCGUCAACUCCGGCUCGAGCACACCGACCGGCGGUGGUGUGGCCGUAAAUCCGUCUCCUCCUCCAUCCAUCUCCACACCGCCACCUCCUCCACCGCCCCGUACCGAUCAGAACAGCAGCGGUUCAACCACCGCUAGCCAGACGAAUGCAUCGACCCACGAACCCACGUUCGUGCUGUUGAACAGAAUUUCCACCACAACGACCACGCUCAAGACGGAGACAACGGCGAAUCUGUUGCCGGGCAGCGCACAGCAGAUGGAGGUUAGCGGCAACCCGUCCGGCGCACCAAAUGCCGGUUCGACGGCACUCUGUGGCAUGGAGGACAGCAACAAAAAGGACUCGAACGGGAACAGUAGCAACAAGAAGAAGGCGGAACCGAAGAACAGGGACAGUGCGAUAUGGUACGAGUAUGGGUGUGUGUAGGCAGGCCGUAUGCAUCUUCCCCGGUGUAAGCAUUUAUUUGGAAAACGACGCAUUGCAAGCGAAACACACACGAGCAGUAUUGUAGUAGAGAGGGAGAGCGUGAAUGACUGACGGCGCAUUUUGCUGACGAUGAAAAGGAAGAAAGCGGACUCUCGAGCUCUCGAUGUCCACCCCCCCCCCCCCCCCACCCAGCAAGGCGGAUGUACUUCCUUAACGCUAAGCGGCCCGAACGUUCGUUCGUUCAUUCCGUUCGUAGCAUAUUUACCCAGUUAACAAGUGCUUUAACAUACAAUACCACAUACAUACAAAUUAUUGGCAUAGCAGCGCGAAACGGGCGUGUAAAGAACAAAGGUUAGUUUAAAUAAGACUAGUAGUACCGGCGCAACGAAUGGUUGUUGCUCCAGAUGUGCGGCAGCUACCGGUUAGCUUCUGUCCCGAGUGCUUAACGUUAUCUACCACCCCCCCCCCCAUCCAUACAACGAAACGUAAACGAAUCUCUCCAAAAAGUAUCUCCAACCUUUUUUUAAAAUUAUUUUAUAAACAUUACUAUUACCGUUUACUGUGACUGCUUUACAUGUUUCAAUUCUCUCUCUCUCUUGUUUUUCGACUAAUGUAUUAAUUUAGAUGUAAGUAUUUUUUUUUGGUUUUCAUCGCGCUACUACCCAUCAUCAUUGCUGCCCACCGGCCUUAUCAUUGGGCUCGAUGAAAAAGGAAGGUAGCGCAAACCACCACCAACCAACCAACAACGAAUACCACUAACAUAUUUUCGUUUUGUCUUGUGAUAACACUUAACCGCGCUUUUAUGCUGUUUGCUUCCUUUACAAGCUUGGUUUUGUGUGCAGAAAUCCCGUCCACCGCAGUGGAGUGUUGGGUACACAGACCGGUUCAUACACCGAUACGGUUCAAGAACGGGACAGGCGAAACAAAUCAAAAUUAUACCACUAGGAUAGAGCAUGCUUCCUUUCGCAUUGUGAGGACGUACGAAAUGUGAAUGCGUUCGGAGGUAGCAAUGUAUCAUAGUUUUGUGAGACAGACAUAUGAACAGCGGAGAAGAUUCACCAUUGCCGUUAUUAGCAUUUGUAUUUAAUCCUUUUUCUAGGUACUAAUGAUCAAGCAUCGAGAAGGAUGUAGAGUGAGAGGAUUUUAAAUGAAAUAAAAGAGUAAAUUAAAGAUACUUGUA